GGGUCGGGGCCGGGUGGCCCGGGGCGCCCGAGCGGGAGGCGCCCAGCCGGCCGCGGCCGCGGGGCAGCCAUGGCGGAGGCCGCGCCGCAGCAGCUGGCGCUGCCCUCGGGGCUGCUGGAGCUGUGCGCGCUGCUGGGGCCCCCGCGGGACAGCCUCCGCGGCCCCGAGCAGGUCGCCCAGAAAAAGGACGUCAAGGGCCUGUCUUCUCUGGACCCGGAGGUUCUGUCGGUCUUUGUGCCCCCAUUUGUCACCAAGGAGGACAGUCAGCUGGCUGAGGUGAACUGCGGGACACUGGGUAAGACCAGAAGGCGCUCCUUCCGGAAGAAGAGAGAGAGGGCCAGAGCAGAGCCCUCGAAGGGCCACCCCGGCGGCCCCAGAGGCCUGGACCCCGAGGACGUGAGCAUCCCCAAUGGCGUGGACCUGCUCGCCCUGCCGCAGCUCUGCUUCCCAGGGGGCAUGUGUGUGGCCUCCGAGCCCAAGGAGGACUGUGUGCACUUUCUGGUGCUGACCGACAUCUGCGGCAACAGAACCUACGGCGUGGUUGCGCAGUACUACCGACCCCUGCACGACGAGCACUGUUUCUACAACGGCAAGACGCUCUGGGAGGCGUCGGGGCCGGGUGGGAGCGCGGCUGGCUGCUUCGUGCCCUUUGCCGUGUGUGUGGUUUCCAGAUUCCCCUAUUACAACGCCCUCAAGGACUGCCUCUCCUGUUUAUUGACUCAUCUGAAGAUCUGUAAAGAUUUGGAAGUUGACAAUCACAUAAAAGAUUUUGCUGCAAAACUGUCUUUAAUACCUAGCCCGCCACCUGGACCACUUCAUUUGAUAUUUAACAUGAAGCCACUACAGAUCGUGUUUCCCUCGAGGGUGGACCCCGAAAGCCCCCUCAUCGACCUGGACCUUCACCUGCCCCUGCUGUGCUUCAGACCUGAGAAGGUGCUACAGAUCCUAACCUGCCUUCUGACGGAGCAGCGCGUGGUGUUCUUCUCGUCCAGCUGGGCUCUGCUGACGCUCGUGGCCGAGUGCUUCAUAGUCUACCUGCACCCCCUGCAGUGGCAGCACACCUUCGUGCCCAUCCUGUCGGGACAGAUGCUGGACUUUGUCAUGGCGCCCACGUCCUUCCUCAUGGGCUGCCACCUCGACCACUUUGAAGAAGUCAGCAAGGAAGCCGAUGGUUUAAUCCUGAUAAACAUUGACACCGGGAGCAUCGCCUACUCCAACGAGGAGGACGUUGACGUCCCUGACAUCCCUCUCCUGGCGGCACAGGCGUUUAUUCAGAGGGUGCAGAGCCUUCAGCUGCACCACGAGCUGGACCUGGCUAACCUCUGCGCCAGCACAGACCUGCACGAGGGGCGAGCCUCCAGGCGGGCCUGGCAGCAGCGGCUCAACUACCACAUCCAGCAGAUCACCCUGCAUCUGCUCGUCAGCAUCUUCAGGGAAGUGAAGAAUCACUUAAAUUAUGAACAUAGAGUGUUCAAUAGUGAAGAAUUUCUCAAAACAAGAGCUCCAGGGGACCAGCAGUUUUACAGACAGGUCUUGGACACCUACAUGUUCCAUGCUUUCCUCAAGGCCCGGCUUAGCAGAAGGAUGGACGCCUUUGCAGAGAUGGACCUGCACACGCAAUCCGAGGAGGACAGGAUAGACGGGAUGCUCCUGAGUCCGAGAAGACCCACGAUCGAGAAGAUGGCCAGCCGGCGGUCCUCAGUCCCGUGCCCGCCGCCCCGGCGCCUGGUGGUCAGCAUGCCCAACCUGCAGGACGCGGGGGUGCCCGAGCUGCCGCCCCGGAACUCGUCCCUGCGGACAGUGCACAGCACGGACCGUGGAGGCAGCCGCGCAGUCCUGGACAUGCCCCCCAAGUUGACGUACACCUUCAAGAUCCCAGAAAUUCACUUCCCGCUGGUGGGCCAGUGUGUGCAGGUGUUCCACGCGGACUGCGUGGCCCAGCUGAGCAAGGCCAUGGGCUCGCUGCCCCCUGAGAACUCGGCGCUGCUGGCGCGGUACUUCUACCUGCGAGGGCUCGUGCAGCUGAUGCAGGGCCAGCUGCUGGGCGCGCUCCUGGACUUCCAGAGCCUGUACAAGACGGACAUGCGCAUCUUCCCCGCCGACCUCGUCCAGAGGACGGUGGCGUCCCUGCCGGCGCCCGAGCGCGUGCAGGCCGAGCGGACACCCCAGCUGCGGCGGCUCAUCAGCGAGGUCAUGGACAAGCCCGCGGACGCCCCCAAGGCCGACGACCGCGUCAAGAACUUCGAGCUGCCCCGGAGGCACAUGGAGCUGGACGACUUCGUGAAGCGGGUGCAGGAGUCGGGCAUCGUGAAGGACGCCGGCAUCAUACACAGGCUGUUCACGGCGCUGACCGUAGGACAUCAGAAACAGAUUGACCCAGAAACAUUCAAAGAUUUCUACAACUGCUGGAAGGAGGCAGAAGCAGAGGCCCAAGAGGUCAGCCUGCCUCUGUCGGUGAUGGAGCAGCUGGACAAAAACGAGUGUGUGUAUAAGCUCUCGAGCUCUGUGAAGACGAACCGCGGCGUGGGCAAGAUCGCCAUGACCCAGAAGCGCCUGUUCCUCCUCACCGAGGGGAGGCCGGGCUACGUGGAGAUCUCCACCUUCAGAAACAUAGAGGAAGUCAGAAGCACCACAGUCGCUUUUCUGCUCCUGAGAAUUCCCACUUUAAAAAUCAAAAUGGUGUCCAAGAAAGAAGUCUUUGAAGCUAAUCUUAAAACGGAGUGUGACCUGUGGCUUCUGAUGGUGAAGGAGAUGUGGGCUGGGAGGAAGCUGGCCGACGACCACAAGGACCCCCAGUACGUCCAGCAGGCACUGACCCACGUCCUGCUGAUGGAUGCCGUCGUCGGCGCACUGCAGUCUCCCGGCGCCAUCUACGCAGCCUCCAAGUUAUCUUACUUUGAUAAGAUGAAGAAUGAAAUGCCCAUGGCGGUUCCAAAGACGACCUCGGAAACCCUGAAGCACAAGAUCAACCCUUCGGCGGGAGAGACCUUCCCACGUGCUGUCGACGUCCUGCUCUACACCCCAGGGCACCUGGACCCGGCGGAAAAAGUCGAGGAUGCUCACCCCAAACUGUGGUGCGCUCUGAACGAAGGCAAGGUGGUCGUGUUCGAUGCUUCCUCUUGGACGAUUCACCAGCACUGCUUUAAAGUGGGCACUUCUAAACUGAACUGCAUGGUGAUGGCGGAGCAGAGCCAGGUGUGGGUCGGCUCGGAGGACUCGGUCAUCUACAUCAUCAACGUCCACAGCAUGUCCUGCAACAAGCAGCUCACGGACCACCGCUCGAGCGUCACGGGUCUGGUCGUGGAGGCGCCCAGGACCGUGUACUCGUGCAGCAUGGACGGGACGGUGCUGGCCUGGAACGUGAGCACCCUGCGGGUGACCAGCAGGUUCCAGCUGCUGGGCGAUGGGCUCUCGGCCAUCAGACUGCACGACGGCUGCCUGUGGUGCUGUACUGGUAACAGGAUCGUGGUCGUGACCACGAGUGGAGCUGUCUGUCAGGAAGUGAAGAUAGACCAGGACGUUAGAGAGACAAGCGCCUCCUUCCUGGGCUUCCAGCUCGUGCCCGAGCAGGAGCAGCUCUGGGCAGCCUGUGCUGGACACGACGACGUCUGCAUUUGGAGCCUGCAGGACCUGGCCCGGCGCCCGCAGAGGAUCCGUCUUCAGGACUGCUCCGAGAUCAGCUGCAUGAUCAGGGUGAAGAAGCAGCAGAUCUGGGUGGGCGGCACAGGGCUGUCGCGGGGGAGGCCCAAGGGGAAGAUCUACGUGAUCGAUGCCGAGACGAAGACGGUGGAGAAGGAGCUGGUGGCCCACAUGGACACGGUGAAGACCCUCUGCUCCGCGGAGGACAGAUACGUGCUGAGCGGGUCCGGCCGUGAGGAGGGGAAGAUCGCCAUCUGGAAGGUCGAGUAACGAGGGCGCGCCGUCCGCCAGCUCCUGGCGCUUCCCCGAGCAGGCGGGUCCGAGCCCGGUGCCGGCUCUGCUGCGGGGGCCUCUUGGCCUCUCUGGUCUCAGUUACGAGACUGACAGUGUCUCACUUUCUCUCCUGGACUUAGCUGAUUGAACUGGACCGUUUCAGGGUGGGGUGCUUCUCAGAAGUCACCCUGUGCUGUCCAGACGGUUCCAGAAGCCACCCUGGGCGGCAGCGGGCCAGCCGGGCCGCGGCCCUCGGGUCCCGCUCCUCCUCCACGUCACCCGCUCGCUCAGCAGACAUCAGUGCCCGGCUCGCAGGAGCCCCACUGCCGACGCAGACCUCUCGCUUCCAGCACAGCUCGCGAGAAGGGCUGUUUUUUAAGUGACCACGUUGUGGUUGAACAGGUUGGCGCCUGCCCUUGCUAUCCCGCGACAGAGCAGGUGACCGGUACGUGCCCAGGGAGGGGACGACGCCGGGACGAGGCUCUCUGGACAGGGCUGGGCCAGCGGAGGCAAGCUCUGUAUUUUUCCUUUUAACGAAUGCAAUGUUUUUAUAAUGAAAAAACCUAGAGGCUUUUUUCUACCAAAGAUCGGCGUUCCACCUAAAACAGCACACACACCCGCAGCAGCUGUUCAUGUCCGUUUCCACCAUGUCCACGUCCUGUGUGCAUGGAAUGUAUGUAUGUGUAGAUGGUGCCUUGUUAUUUAACUGAAGAUAAUCUCACCAGCUAUAAAUAUUUGCAGAAAAGACCUUUUGUACAUUUUUACUGUAACAUUGAGCUUUCAUCCCCUAAUUGUCAGCAAAGGAGGUUUUGGCAUGGCUGCUGGACGUGGAGAGAACACAGUGUGAAGCCUGAGGCCUGUCGGCCUGUGGACCCACGAUGCGCUCAGCCGCCAGGGGCAGGCUGCCGGACCCUCCCCCUGGGUUUGGGGGACUUGGGUAGACAUCACGCCAGACCUCUCUCCCCCUGAGAGGUCUCUUUCAGGCCCCCAGAACACAGCCAGGCUUUGGAGGCGUCUGCAGUGCCUCCCGGGUGAAAGCUCUGGCCAGGCCUCUGGCUGGGUCUGCAGAACCCAAGCAUUCUGGAAGGGCUGAUCGUGGACUGAUGCUUCGGAAUGUUCUGAGACUGCGGUGCGGAGGACAGCCAGGCGGCUGAGUCCCCCCGAGUCCGUCCUUCUAGGGAGGGUGUGUUCCCCUGACUUCUAGCAGGAAGACUAGGCCAGCAGCAAAGGGCAGAAGGUGGAAUUCAGCUUUUGUGUACACAUGAAAAAUCAGAGUAAAAGCUCCUCAGAAAUCCACAUAAGUUACUGAAUUAAAACCUACAUGAUCACCUCGUUGGUAAUAAAUUCUUUUGUUUA